UCAUAUGAUUGCAUCAUAUGAGUCUAUGUCAGACCAAAGGCAGACCUAUCCGGUUAAACUUGUUUGUAAGUCUAGGAAGUUUCACCCAUAUAUGUCUGACAAUAUCACGUGGUCUUCCUUAUACGGACCGUACUCGCUGGUCUGAAGAUCUAGCGAAGAAAGAUGUUGACGGUCGCGACACUGGCGAAGACGAUGGGCGAUACUAGAUUCAGAUGACAGCGUUGUGAAACUUGGCUGAAAAGAUUCCAAGACGGACAAAGAAGGGGAGAUUCAUAUCAACUGCAUUUUGAAUGCAAAGAUGACUAGGAAGGAUAGAUCACUCGUAAAGAGCUUUCUAGCUGGAUCUUUUAGUGGCACUUGCUCAUGCCUCUUGUUUCAACCUUUGGACUUGAUAAAGACAAGAGUACAAACACCAGCUGUAUAUGGGAGUAAUGGAAUGCUUUCUAUUAUCUCAACUGUUGUAAGAACAGAUAGCAUAACUGGAUUAUGGAGAGGAGUUACACCCACAAUAUCAAGGACUGUUCCUGGAGUUGGAAUAUAUUUCUGUGCAUUACAUGCAAUCAAGACCUUAUUAUUUGUGUCUACAGAGCCAAAAGCGUGGCAGAAUGUACUGCUUGGUUUUACAGCAAGAAGUGUUGCAGGGGUUAGCCUGUUGCCAAUUACUGUAGUUAAAACACGAUAUGAGAGUGGCAUAUUUGACUAUAGAGGGGUUUCAAGUGCAUUAGUUUCAAUUUGGAAGUCAGAAGGAGUAAAGGGACUUUUUAGUGGUUGUGCUGCUACUGUUGCAAGAGAUGCUCCAUUCUCUGGUCUAUAUCUCAUGUUCUAUAAUAAAGCAAAAGAACUUAGCAGGAAAGGAUUUGGGGAGAAGGAACUGAACACUAAUUUACAUUUUAUGUGCGGAAUAUCAGCGGGAGUGUUGGCAUCUGUUGCGACACAGCCUGCAGAUGUUGUGAAGACUCAAAUGCAGCUUUACCCAUUUCGAUACAAAAGUACCAUUGACUGUGUGAUUAUUGUUGUAAAGAACAACGGCCCUAGUGGCCUUUUUAGAGGAACGCUACCUAGAUGCAUACGGCGUACGCUAAUGGCUGCCUUGACGUGGACUGUUUAUGAAUCUGUUAUGCAGAGGCUUGGAUUGAAAGUAUGAAACCAAUGGGGAGAAGAUGCAGUUUUAAUUAAUAAUUCAUAGCAUGUAGCACACAUUUCCGACGCAGCAUAAGCUGCAAGUUGUAUAUAUUGUAUUCAUGUUUUGUGUAGAAAUUGAAGAUUUCAUUGUCAAAGACGGUGUGAAAAAACAAGAACAGUUCAUGGCCACCAUUUCUUAUUCGUGCAAAGUUCCCAUAAACAACCGCUCUACCUACGAGCGUAGUAGGGGGAUCCAUUAUGGAUCUUGCCAGAAUUUACGGUAAAAUAUGGAUCUACCCUAUAAUGCGAUAAAGAUUGCCUAAUUCAGGGAGGGGGGCUGUAACCUUCCCAGCUCCUAUGUCACCUACACCUAUGUGUUUGUCGGUGUUUGCCAAAAUGUCAAAAUGUUUUUUUGUCAGAUUUUUUCCUUUUUGAUGGUUAAAAGCAACCGUUAGUCGCCGAGAACAAGCGAAAUCUAAUAUGUAACAGGAAAGUUUCGUGAAAUAAUACGACUUUGUAAUGGUAUGUAAGAUUUUACUUUCUAAUCAUGAAAUAUAUUUUACCAAUAUAGUUUUCAUAGUUUAUUGAAACAUAGUUUGCCAAGAACUGCAUCAAACUUUAAAAACAAUCCUCUCCUUUAUCCAGUCAAUAAAAGGUAACCCUCCCAAUCAGCAUUGAGUGAAAAGGAAAUUUGAAAACCAGUAUCAAAAGAUUAGAAAGUAAAAUCCCACAUACCAUUACUGAGUCGAGGGGCAAUUCACUCUUGCAAAUAGCGUACGAGAUUUUCCCUAAAACACAAGGUGAUUUCUGGUGAUUUCCAGAUAAAACAAUAGGAUUCCCACCAAAGGUGUACGAGAUUUUUCGGAGUGAUCUGCCCCUCGUACAGAGUCGUAUUAUUCGACGAAAAUUUCCUGUAACAUAUUAGAUAUCGCUUGUUUUCAUGGUAGGCUCUCCUGUUUUUUUGUAUUGCCACUAACCCUGCAAUUUAAGAUAGAAUUAUGCAUAGCGUUUCUCUUUUCCCAUUCAUUGCAGAAACAGCUAUUUUUUUAAAUUCUGUUUUUCUCAAAACAACAUUAUCGACAUUCACAUGAUGCCUGUCUGCGUCUUGAUUGGCUUGCAUCUUCUGAUCAUAUUUAAUUCACAAGAAUGCUGGUAGAUGUAUCCAAUCGUGAGAUUUGAUAUCCAUGUUUGCUAAUAUGGUAAUAAUCCUGAGCUGGUUGGUACUUAGUAAAUUUACAUUAAAUACCGCAAACUCGGGAAAUUAAUUAAUAAUAAGUAUUCAAUUUAGGGUUCUAUAUUUUUACAAAGUAAGUGUUAGACUGGUCAACAAUGCCAUACACAACGCUGUAAAAUUGAUGUCCUAGAUCCUUCUUUAGUCGGAAAUCGUGUUUAAAAUCUUGUGCCAACAGCUUGUAUAUAUAACUUAAAGACAGUCUGUUGUAUUUAGAGUCUAUUAUUUUAUGCAUGUGAAACAAUUGGAGAUGUUAGAGAUGAGACAA